AUGGCGCCGCUUCCCAUCAAGUUUCAGGAGCUCCUGCAGCUCAGCAAUGUCGGCGUUGACGCCUCAGCCAUCGGCUUCAACUCUUGUACUCUCGAGUCCGACUACUAUAUCUGCAUAAGAGAAAAGAAGAAUGAGGCUGCGUCACCCGAGGUCGUCAUUGUGGAUCUCAAGAACGGCAACAAUGUCACACGGCGCCCUAUUAAGGCUGACAGUGCCAUUAUGCACUGGACGAAACAGAUUAUCGCCCUGCGGGCUCAGUCUAGGACAUUGCAGAUCUUCGACCUCGAGAAGAAGGCCAAGCUCAAGUCCGCCACCAUGAACGAGGACGUCGUUUUCUGGAAGUGGAUCAGUGAAUCGACGCUCGGUCUUGUCACAGAUACCUCAGUCUUCCACUGGGACAUCUUUGACGCCAGCCAAGCCGCCCCUGUUGAGGUUUUUAAGCGCAACGCCAACCUGGCAGGCUGCCAAAUCAUCAACUACCGCACUAACAGCGACGGCAAGUGGAUGUCCGUGGUCGGAAUCUCGCAACAGCAAGGUCGCGUAGUCGGUAGCCUGCAACUGUAUUCGAAAGACAGAGGUAUCAGCCAAGCGAUUGAGGGCCAUGCCGCCACAUUCGGCACCCUCCGCUUGGAAGGCGCUCCGGCCGACACAAAGGUCUUCUCCUUUGCUGUGCGGACUGCUACAGGUGCCAAGCUACACAUCGUAGAGAUCGACCACCCGGAGGCCAACCCUGUCUUCGCCAAGAAGGCCGUCGACAUUUACUUCCCGCCCGAGGCUACCAACGAUUUCCCCGUCGCGAUGCAGGUCUCCCAGAAGUACGGCGUCAUCUACAUGGUGACCAAGUACGGCUUCAUCCACCUCUACGACCUCGAGACUGGCUCCACAAUCUUCAUGAACCGCAUCUCGAGCGAGACCAUCUUCACAACCUGUUCCGACACGGACUCGGCCGGUAUUGUGGGCAUCAACCGCAAGGGUCAAGUGCUGUUUGUGACCGUCGACGAGAGCAACAUGAUCAACUACCUUCUCCAGAAUCCCGCCAACACCGAGAUUGCGGUCAAAAUGGCCUCGAGGGCUGGUCUGCCUGGCGCCGACCAGCUGUACCAGCGCCAGUUUGAGCAGAUGUUCAACUCGGGUGACUACGAGAAUGCUGCCAAGAUUGCCGCCAACUCUCCGCGUGGCUUCCUCCGCACCACCGAUACGAUCAACAAGUUCAAGAGCCUGCCACAGCAGCCCGGCAAGAUGUCGUUUAUUCUCCAGUACUUCGGCAUGCUGCUCGACAAGACUACACCUCUGAACAAGACCGAGACCUUGGAACUGGCUACCCCGGUCCUUGCUCAGGGCCGCAAGCACCUUCUCGAGAAGUGGUUGAAGGAGGGCAAGCUCGACUUCUCCGAGGAGCUAGGUGACCAGAUCCGCAUGCAGGACGUCAACCUCGCUCUUGCAGUCUACCUGAAGGCCGAGGCUCCUCACAAGGUCGUCCCUGCAUUCGCCGAGAUGGGCCAGUACGAGAAAAUCCUGCCGUACGUGCAGCAGACCGGCUACCAGCCUGACUGGAUUACCCUCCUGCAACACAUCGUCCGCACCAACCCCGAGAAGGGCGCCGAGUUCGCCAGCGCGCUUGCCAACAACGAGGGCGGUUCUCUUGUUGAUAUUCAGCGGGUCGUCGAUGUCUUCCAGUCGCAAGGCUUGGUCCAGCAAGCUACGGCUUUCCUGUUGGAUGCUCUCAAGGACAACAACCCAGAGCACGGUCACCUGCAGACGCGCCUCUUGGAGAUGAACUUGAUGAACGCCCCGCAGGUCGCCGAGGCCAUCCUCAGCAACCAGAUGUUUACGCACUUUGACAAAGCCCGCAUUGCGGCUCUUUGUGAGCAGGCUGGCUUGGCUCAGAAGGCUCUGGAGCUCUACGAGGACCCCGAAGCCGUCAAGCGUGUCGUCGUCAACAUUGCGGGCACCCCCAACUUCAAUGCGGAGUGGCUCAUCAACUACUUCGGCCAGCUUUCGGUCGAGCAGUCCCUGGACUGCCUCGACGCUAUGUUGAAGACCAACAUCCGUCAGAACCUUCAGUCUGUCGUCCAGAUUGCCACCAAGUACUCAGAGCUCCUCGGCCCUGUCAGACUGAUUGACCUCUUCGAGAAGUACAAGACUGCCGAGGGUCUCUUCUACUACCUCGGCAGCAUUGUCAACAUGUCUCAGGAGCCCGAUGUGCACUUCAAGUACAUUGAGGCUGCCACCAAGUCUGGCCAGUUCAACGAGGUUGAGAGAAUCUGCCGUGACAGCCAAUACUACAACCCUGAGAAGGUCAAGAACUUCCUCAAGGAGGCUCGUCUUGCUGACAUGCUUCCGCUGAUCAUCGUCUGCGAUCGCUUCAACUUCGUCCAUGACUUGAUCUUGUACCUGUACCAGAACCAGAAGUUCAACGCCAUUGAGGUCUACGUCCAGCGCGUCAACCCCGCCAGAACUCCUGAGGUGAUUGGCGGUCUCCUUGACGUAGACUGCGAGGAGAGCGUGAUCAAGAACCUGCUCUCAACUGUCGAGCCCUCGUCCAUUCCAAUUGACGAGCUUGUCAGCCAGGUUGAGACCCGCAACAGACUCAAGAUGCUGUUGCCAUUCCUGGAAGCCACUCUUGCCGCCGGCAACCAACAGCAGGCAGUCUUCAAUGCUCUGGCCAAGAUCUACAUCGACUCUAACAACAACCCUGAGAAGUUCCUGAAGGAGAACGACCAGUACGACACUCUCAGCGUCGGAAAGUACUGCGAGAAGCGCGACCCCAACUUGGCAUACAUUGCCUACCAGAAGGGACAGAACGAUCUCGAGCUCAUCAACAUCACCAAUGAGAACUCCAUGUACCGUGCCCAGGCGAGGUACCUGCUCGACCGUUCAGACCGCGAGCUCUGGACGUUCGUCCUCAGCGAGAACAACAUGCAUCGCCGCUCGGUUAUUGACCAGGUUGUUGCCACUGCUGUUCCUGAGUGCAGCGACCCUGCCAAGGUUUCCGAGGCUGUGGCCUCGUUCCUGGCCGCUGAUCUGCCCGGUGAGCUCAUCGAGCUGCUCGAGAAGAUUGUCCUGGAGCCUUCUCCCUUCAACGACAACCCCAGCCUGCAGAACCUGCUCAUCUUGACUGCUGCCAAAUCGGACAAGUCCCGGGUCAUGGACUACAUCCACCGCAUGGAGCACUUCAACCCCGAUGAGUGCGCAUCGCUCUGUCUCGAUGUCGGCCUGCACGAGGAAGCUCUCGAGAUCUACAAGAAGGUCGGCAACCACACAGCUGCUACCGAUGUUCUGAUUGAGCACAUUGUCAGCAUUGACCGUGCCAACGACUUUGCCGAGAACGUUGACACUCCCGAGGUCUGGAGCAAGGUUGCCAAGGCCCAGCUUGACGGUCUCCGUGUGCCCGAUGCCAUUGAUUCGUACAUCAAGGCUGGUGACCCUCGCAACUACGAGGAAGUGAUUGAGGUUGCAACCCACGCUGGCAAGGACGAGGAGCUCAUCAAGUUCCUCCGCAUGGCGCGGAAGACUCUUCGCGAGCCCCCGAUCGAUACCGCCCUUGCAUUCGCCUUCGCCCGACUUGAUCAGCUCGCAGAGCUUGAGGACUUCCUGCGCGCAACCAACGUAGCCAACAUUGAGGAGUCCGGUGACAAGGCUGCCAGCGAGGGUCUGCACCAGGCUGCCAAGAUCUUCUACACCAGCAUCUCUAACUGGUCCAAGCUCGCUACCACUCUCGUGCACCUUGAUGACUACCAGGCUGCCGUCGAGUGCGCUCGCAAGGCCAACAACAUCAAGGUCUGGAAGGAGGUUCACAGUGCCUGCGUGGCCAAGAAGGAGUUCCGCCUUGCUAAGAUCUGCGGUCUCAACCUGAUCGUCGAUGCGGAGCAGCUCCAGACACUUGUGAAGCAGUACGAGUAUGGUGGAUUCUUCGACGAGCUCAUUGAUCUUCUCGAGCAGGGUCUCGGACUCGAGCGUGCUCACAUGGGCAUGUUCACCGAGCUCGGCAUUGCUCUGUCCAAGUACCGCCCCGAGAGUCUUAUGGAGCACAUCAAGCUGUUCUGGAGUCGCAUGAACCUGCCCAAGCUGAUCCGCGCCUGCGAGGAGGCGAACCUCUGGCCCGAGUUGGUCUUCUGUUACUACCACUACGACGAGUUCGACAACGCUGCGCUUGCUGUCAUGGAGCGUGCUCAGAACUCGUGGGAGCACCAGCAGUUCAAGGACAUCGUUGUCAAGGUGGCCAACCUCGAGAUCUACUACCGCGCCAUCAACUUCUACCUGGAGCAGCACCCAUCCCUUCUCACCGACCUGCUCCAGGCUCUGACUCCCCGCAUCGAUGUCAACCGCGUCGUUCGCAUGUUCCAAAAGUCCGACAACCUACCCCUCAUCAAGCCCUUCCUGCUUAAUGUGCAGACGCAGAACAAGCGGACAGUCAACGAUGCCAUCAACGACUUGCUGAUCGAGGAGGAGGACUACAAGACUCUGCGUGACUCUGUCGAGAACUACGACAACUACGACGCUGUCGAUCUUGCGUCGCGACUUGAGAAGCACGAGCUUGUCUUCUUCCGCCAGAUCGCAGCCAACAUCUACCGCAAGAACAAGAGGUGGGAGAAGUCUAUUGCUCUUUCCAAGCAGGACAAGCUGUUCAAGGACGCCAUCGAGACUGCUGCCAUCUCUGGCAAGUCCGACGUUGUCGAGGACCUUCUUCGAUACUUCGUGGACAUUGGCAGCCGCGAGUGCUACGUCGGCAUGCUCUAUGCUUGCUAUGAGCUCAUCCGCCCUGACAUCAUUCUCGAGCUCUCCUGGCGCCAUGGCCUGCACGACUUCACCAUGCCAUACAUGAUCAACAUGCUUUCUCAGCAGACCAAGGAGCUCGCGCUAUUGAAGGCCGACAACGAGGCCCGCAAGGCCAAGGAGACUGCCCAAGAGCAGCAGCAGGACGACACGCCCAUUCUUGGCAACCGCUUGAUGAUCACGGCGGGCCCAGGUGGCGGUGCCCCUUCGCCGUCCUUCCAGACCAACGGCUUCGCUCCUCAGCCGACUGGUUUUGGAUUCUAA